AUGUCGCAAGAUGCACAUCUUAAUUUAUGUUACCGUAAUGACGCCAACAAAAUAGUUGAGCAAGAACUCGUAAUUAUCUUGGAGAAUGGAACGGAACCAACGCCAGUACGAGCAAUUCGCAGACCUGAACCAAAAUUGCAUUCUCCUGUACACGUACCUUUCCCUCCGGCCAUAAACGCUGCCUCUUUAAUUCGGAUCAAUAAGGAAGGUGCAUUACUUGCAAGAUGUACGAAUAAGUUUUUAAUUUAUCGUAAUCAAUUUGCGAAAGAGGUUAGGACGCAAGGUUACAACCUUUCCAUGAGUGAAGUAUCUUGUUUAGCGGCCCAAGCAUGGAAACGUGAACCCAAUCACGUCAUUAGGAAAUAUAGUGAUAUCGCCCAAGAAGUUAAAUGGUUGCAUAAGCAAUUGUCUAGGUCGGGUUCCAAAAAGGGGAAGAAGACUUCGAAUUCAUUAAUGUUUUCAGACUCUUCAUUAUUAGACUCUCAGACGAAAAAAAUUAAAAGUAAAAAUAAACAAGAUCAAUUAACGCGUUUUUCAACAGUCAUUUCAAAUGUAUGCCACAAUCAACAUGUACAUGAUUAUUCACAGCAAGAAUACCAUCAAAAAUUAUCACCAACUCCUUUAACACCAGAUUACUAUUCAUCUACAUCUUCGUACCCUUCACCAUCGGAGCAAUAUUCGGUAAAAAUAGGCGACGUGAUUAAUGAUGGUUCAGUAUCUGAAAACUACCAAUACAACAAUUUGGCCCUGCCUUUUAUGGAUAUGACCAAUUAUUGCACAGACCAAUUUGCGAUGGCAAACGAUUGGAUUUAUUUACAAUAUUUACAAGACAUUUAG